AUGUUCAAAAAGAAGCCUACCAUCAAGAACCUUGCGCCUUUGCGAUCCUCCGAUCGCAGGAAGAUCGCCGAUCAGAUCAUUUCCGACUAUAAAAUAGAGAUCCCAUCGAGCGCGCCGGUGGAGCCCAGUGGUGACGAUUCGGCUGCUGCUCCCAGCGCGUCCAACCCCACGGCGCCGAACCUCACCUCGAUUCGGAAUGCUCUUCUCCCCGACAACUGCUUGUCCGCACGAUUCGCCACGACGGCCGGUCCCCAGCUUCGGGAGGUCCAGGGCACAGUAUAUGUGGGAACGCAUGCUGGAGGCGACGAGCGCGUCUUGUGGUUCAAGGUCGACCACGGCCCGGGCGCUGAUGGACGUCUUUACCCGACCGUUUACACACUAUGGCACAAUGCAGACCUAGUACCCUUGCUCCACACCCCGGGGAUGGUGAUGCAGAAGCUCCAAGGAGGAGCGGAUUUGAUGACUCCUGGUCUUGCGAAUGAGCCGCCGUUCGAUGAGCGUGCGGUUAAGGGUGCGGUCGUUGCUGUGGCUGAUCUGGAUAGGUAUACCGUGCCGCGAUUCGUGGGCGUCUGUGAAAUUGAUGUCUCGGCUCUGGGAGAAGUGCAGGGCACAAAGGGUCACGCUGUUCGCGGACUCCACUGGGAAGGUGACGAGCUCUGGGCUUGGAGUUCGUCGUCCAAGCCGGGUCAGCCGGCGCCUGAAUAUUUGGAAGGCUGGGACGAGGUGGAAGGAGAGGACGAAGGCGACACCAAGGAGAUUGAGGGCGCUGUGAAUGAUCUCAAUAUAGAUGAACAGGCCCCGGCCCAGGUUGCAGAAGAUGACGAGCCUUCUGCCGAAGCGCCUCAAUCGGCCGAGGAAGAGCCUGUCGUUGAUGAGAAAGAGCCGUCGACUAAAGAAAUCGACGAGACCUUUGUGAAGGCUUUCCUUUACUCGUUACACAAGCUCAAACAAGACAACCCUUCCGCGCCCAACCACGGCUUGGCCUUACCGGUCCAACCUUCUGCACUGGUGUCGAACAUGAUUACACCUUAUCUUCCCAUCUUCACGCCCAAACAAGCCCAGUUCUACCAAAUCAAGAAGACGAGCUGGAAGAAUGUCAAGAAGUUUAUCAAAUACCUCGACAAGCAGCGUUUGGUCAAGUCCAAGGAUCGUAACGGACAGGAAACCGUCAUCCUCGAUGUGGACUUCAAUGAUCGCCGAGUCGAGCAGUUCGUCCCCUACAGACUGCCAUCCAAGAACGCGGUCGAGAAUGCCGGCAAGCCCGUCGCCCCCGGUGGAGCGGCUAGUAAGUCCGUCGCCUCAGAUGGUGAUCCCUCUGUCGGGCAAACCCUCACAGUCCAGACCCUGUACCGUCCUACAGGCAAGCUGGCACCCACCAUCUUCCCAGCCCUCUCCAGCACCCAUCCCAGCAACUACUACAAGUACUCCGACGUGUCCAGUCAUCUGGACCAGUAUAUCCAGUCCCAGAGCCCCCCCCUCAUCGACCCGCAAAACAAACGCAUCAUCAAUCUCAACCCGUUCCUCGCCAACACUGUCUUCACCUCCCCCUCGUCGGACGACCGCAGUACCCUCGCCCGCGGCAAGACCACCCGCGACGCGCUCCUGAAACGCCUCGUUGACGACCACAGUCUCAUGACCGCUCACUACGUAAUCCUGAAACCGGGCCAGACCCUGGCCAGCGUGAAGCCCAAGGCUGGCGCCGCCCCUAAAGCCACCAUCACCUUGGAGCGCCGCACGGGCUCUAAGACCGUCACCAAGGUCUCCGGACUUGAAGUGUUCGGCAUCAUUCCGAGCUUGCUGGCGGAGGAGCUGCAGAAGAAAUGCGCCAGCAGCACCAGUGUCGCGCAGGCGACGGGCGCAGCCAAGGGCGUCAUGGAAGUGUUGAUCCAGGGUGACCAGCGGCGGGCGUUAGAAGAGGCACUGACUCGGCGCGGACUGCGGACGCAGUGGAUUGACGUGGUGGAUAAGACGAAGAAGAAGAAAUAG